AUGGAAGUUCUAAGCAUUUCUAAAAAAAGACCAAAUCAACUAUUUUUUGUUUUUUGCUCAGGUUUACUAUUACUUAAUAAUGUAUUUUGCAAAAAUACAACAAGAAUUGCAUGCAAUGCAUGUAUUUACCGCCCAGUAGUGUCAAAUUUAAAUACCCAUUUUUAUAGUUCAAAAUCUAAUAUUGUGGACUUUGAGUUUCAAAUACCCUGCACAUUUUAUAACCCGAUUAUAAGUGUCUCUGUUCCAAAAAGUUACAAGAUUAAUAAACUUACCUUACUCCCAUCCAACAAAAUUGGUAAAUUUGAUGAUUAUGACACUAGCUGUAUGGGAGAAGAGAGCUCUUAUUUGGAAUAUAAAGUUGAGAAAGGAGUUAUUGAAAAAUCUAGUUCUUUUGAUUCUAAAGAUAAUUCUUUAUCAUUUGGUGAAAUCCAAAAUAAACAACUUCCUUCUUGUGAUCUUGGGAAUGAUGCCGAGAAUGAAAUGCUUAAACUUUUUACUUCAUUGGGAUUCCAAACUUGGCAAGUAGUUUCACAGAACUCGAGUAAAUGUUUGGAAUUUCCAAACUAUGAAACAAAAGGUACAGAAACAAUUAAAAUGAUGGGUAAUCUUGUAAAUGGAAGUUAUGUUAUUCGAUUUGAUUUGCAAAAUCCAAUUAAAGAAGAAUUUGUUGGUAACUGGAAUUUGAGUAUUACAAGCACUAAAAAUAACAUGCCAACAGUACCUUUUUGUUUAACUUAUAUUAAUCAGACUUCAGUUACCAGGACUAUCGGCCCCAUGUUGGGUCCGAUAAAUAUCAGGAAUACCACUUUUAACUCAUACUAUAGCUCCAGCCAAAAAGGAGAGUUUAGUUUUAUUAUUGACUCAUUAAAGUGGGAUGGAUCAACAAAAACCAUUCAACAGAAGUUUGAGACUGAAGACUCAGAACCAAUGAGAAUAAGAUUAACAUUUCCUACAUGCGAAAACCAAAAUGACUGUUACUCAAUUAAUCCAAAAAAUAGUGAGACAUUUUGUCAAAUAUAUGGACACAAGUACGAAUGUUAUUUGGAGAGAACUAGGCCCGAACUUGUGCUAACUAUUGGGCUCUCUGAAGCAAUAGAUAAUAAUGACCUCAGUAGUAUUUUCCCACUCAAAGUUGGAAUAAAGGAUCUUAUAACACCAGUAAAGUCUGAAACAAAUUACAAACUUAAGGUUGAAGUUUUAAUCCCUUCAGCUCCUUCUUCAAAACCUGAAUUUUUAAGCUUAAAUGCAACUACCAUUGAAGCAAUCACAAAAAAAAACCAAUGCAUUGGUCAGUGGAUUAAGUAUUUGAUUGGAAAUCAAUCUGUUUCAAAUUUAAUUAAUAGUAACAAUUCUAGCUUAUAUUAUUCUACUAUUUCCAUUGGGACAUACAAACUUCCAAAGAUGAAAGAUAUUGGUAUACAAAUUAGGUACAGAAUUAGCAAUUCACAAACAUAUCCAAUCCUCUUAAGGCUAGGGAAAAUGAAUGAAAAAAUACAAGGGAAUUAUAAUAUUAGAGUAAAACCUCUUGUUGAAGGGAUUCAGUUUGUUAAUAAGGGACUUGAUCAGAGAAUCGCAUAUUCAAGUAUUCUAUUAAAUGCUUUGAUUUAUGACAAAUCUAGACUUCAAGAAGAUUUUUCAAUAGAAUUCGAGCCAAAAAGCGAUUCUGUUUUGCUUAGAAAUGUGAAUUCAAAUAAUCCAUUAGAAUGCAUUUUACUAGUAGAAAGUUACGACUCCAAGAGAAACUCAAAAUCUAAGGGAAAUGUAUUUGAACCUCGGAAAGAGGAAUGGGAGGUAGAGAUUUUUACAACAAAUUCUGAAAUUGUUGAAACUAAAGAAGAAAAUAUUCAAGUUAUCACAAAAAAGAUAAUCUUAGGAGAGAUUCUUGAUCCAAGGGAAACUGAAAUUUCCGAAAUUGGAGGCCCUUUUGUGUUUGUUGAUUCCGAAGAAAAAUACUCGAUGGUAAUUUACUUCUUCUUGAUGGGACAUCAGUAUAACAAAAUGAUGACAAUUAGUAUGUUUAUACCAAAAUCCAUUACUGAGUACGUAAAUACAGAUUUAAAUGUUAAGAUCAUCCCUCCAGAACUUCAAGAUAUUACUAAGACAACUUUGCCUAGAGGAAUCAAAGUUACAAAACAUGCAAACGGAAGAAUUCUAGCUUUAACAUUGGAGUCAAAUGAAGGGUUUAGAAAAGGAUGGUGGGGAAUUUCAGUUCACAUAACAAGGCCUAUUGUAAGUAAUUCAUUUGAGUUAACUGAGUACGUUGAAUUUAAUGUUUCAAGCUCGUUCUCUACAAUGGAAAAACCAUAUCUCACAUCUUUAUUGUUUCUAAGUGUACAUGAAAACUACAAAGGACCUUAUUUAAAUCCAGUUGCAAAUAAAUUACAAUAUAUUAAAGAAGAGAACCAUAUUUUUCAGGUAAUCUCGGUUCAACAAAGUCACUCAUCUUUCCAUCCAUUUCCAUUGCUCAAAGACCAAAUUUUAGGAUUGGAAACAAAUUCGCCUAAUUAUUUGGUUACUAAGUUGAUGUAUAUGGAAAAGUUCAGGUUCCUGUAUAUUAUUUCAGAACCUUCUUUGGAUGGUAAGGAAAUUGAUAUAGUCACCAGAGAAAUAGGUAAUUUAGGAUCCUCUUUUUGUCAAAUUAUUCUCAUUCUUGGGAACGGGUAUUACAAGAAUUCAAAAUGUGACAAAGCCGUAAAAUACUCAAGAUUAGACAAGGAGGGAGACGAAAAUAAAGAUAGUGUAUCAAAAAAUACAAACUUUGCUUUAGUAAAGAGACUUCUCUCCAAGUUCAUGAAUUCAAAAAAAAAUUUCACAAUGAACUUGAUUACUUUGGUUGUAGAAGAGGAUGAAGUAGAAAUUUAUGAUAAUGGGAUAUAUUCAACAAAAGAUAUAAGUCCAAAUGAAAGAGUUAAUUAUAAUUUUAUCGUAAAGAAAAAAAGUCAGGUAAAUACUAGAAAACUAAGACUGGAUCCUAGUCCAAUUUAUUAUGAGAGUUACUAUCAAUUCAAAAAGGCAUUAAUUUCAAGUCAUUAUUAUAAUUUGUAUACGGUACCCUCAAGCAUACAAGCAUUAAAGGUAUGCCCUCCAGAAGUUCCAAUUCUCUCUCAUGAGAAAACUUCCAGUCAACCUUUGAUAUUGAAGUACAAGUUCUUUAGUGAAAUAAUAAGUUCUUAUAAUUACUCAGUCACUCCAAAUAUUCCUGGUACUUGUAUAAAACAGAGGCUGAUAACAUCCAAUUCAAUAAAAAUAAAAAAAUCUGGGGUUUUAACAAUGUUUUUAGUAUUGCUCUUAAUAUUAAUCUGA